UUGGCGGCGGUUUGAUUCCUCCCAAGAUGGCGGCGGCUUUCCCUCAGUCGCUCGGCUCUCGCCGCAGCCGCUCAGGCUGGGACGGGACGGCGGGAAGGAGAGCGGCGGCGGCGGCCGCUCCGGCCUUGGUGGCGUUGGCGGCCGCCGUCGCCGCCGUCGCCUCGGCUUCGCAGGACCCCGGCGCGGCGGGGCGGCCAGUGAGGGAGCUGAGCGGGUCCAACUGGAGCCUUCUGCUGCAGGGCCAGUGGAUGGUCCAAUUCUAUGCCCCUUGGUGUCCCGCUUGUCAAGAGAUGGAAUCGGCAUGGGAGGCUUUUGCAGAAAACAGCAAAGACCAUGAACUCAGUGUGGGCAAGGUGGAUGUCACUCAAGAACCAGGCGUAAGUGGUCGCUUCUUUGUUACGACACUCCCCACAAUUUACCACGCAAAGGAUGGAGUGUUUCGAAGAUACCGCGGCUUGAGGACGCUGGAGGACUUAGAAGCCUAUAUCCUGGAGAGAAAGUGGGAAGCUGUGGAACCUGUGGCUGGAUGGAAGUCCCCCUCAUCUAUUACGAUGCAUGGAAUGGCAGGACUCUUCCAUUUAUCUGCAUGGAUCAGGCAAAUCCACAACUACUUAACAGUCACUCUUGGAAUUCAUGUUUGGGGUUCUUAUGCAGUCUUCAUAUUGGCCACUUUAUUGAUUGGUCUAAUCCUGGGCUUGAUACUGGUUUUACUUACAGACUGCAUUUUCCCACCUAAGUCCGAACUGGAAGAUUCUGACUUGGUGGACCACAGUGAUGAUAAAACAGAGGAGCAACAGGAGACAGUAGAGCAUAUAGCCGAAGAACCAGUUGCCGAAAAAGGUUUGUCUGGUGGAGAAGAUGAGGAAGAUGAGUCUCAGGGAAACUCUUCGGAGGACUCUGCAGUUGAAGGAUCCGAGACUGAAAAUGACUCUGAGCACCAUGCACCUGACAAAGUGGAGCAAAGCUCUCUAAGGCAACGUAAAAACCAGGUGGAGGCCGAUGAACUAUAGUGCAAUUAGCUGUGUAUGUACUUUUAUCUGGACCAAAGAAGCAUCGGGGACCAUCCUUGAUUGCAGCUGACGCCAAACACUUGACCUGUAAACUGUUACAGUUAAAUCCAUGCUUUGUGUCGGAA